CCUGCUGGUGCAGCUCCCAGUACGUCGGACUCGAGUUCCGUCAACAGUACUGCUGAGGGAGAUCCGGGAGGAGGGGAAGACGACGCUCCAGGAGGCCUCCCCCCAGAAGAGGUCUUCCCGUACAUUGAGUUCAACACUCACCCGCCACGUUUCGAGGAGCGGCCGAGGGACCAACGCGUAAUGAGUGACCGCGUGGCGUCCUUCACCUGUCGCGCCACGGGGAACCCAGAGCCCAAGAUCCAGUGGCGUAAGAACAACCGCAAGAUCACCGGCAGCUCGCGUUUCAUCGUCCUCCAGGUACCCGGUGGCUCCAUCUUGAGGAUUGAGCCCGUCAAGUACCAGCGGAAUAAGGACGAGUUCGAGUGUGUGGUGGAGAACGCUGCCGGUGACACCAUCAGAGCCUCCGCCACCCUUGAGGUUCUCAGUGAUGAUCCUAACUCACUGCCCAGCGGCUUCCCUUACUUCCGCACGGAGCCCAAGACGAAGGCGGUGGAGAUUGACCACACUGCCCUGCUGGUCUGUGACGCCCGGGGUAAUCCAGACCCUAACAUCACCUGGUAUAAGGACCAUCGACCCGUGGACCUGACCAACCCUCGCUACACCGUCCUCAGAUCUGGGAGUCUGCAGAUCAGCACCAGCACGGAGGAAGAUGGCGGGAAGUACGAGUGUGUAGCUGAGAACGAAGUUGGUACCGCCUUCAGUAACCUCGUCAGCCUCUACGUCAGGGUUCGACGUGUGCCGCCCAGGUUCAGUAAGGCACCAAACUCCAUCUACGAAGUCAUGCCCGGCGCCUCCCUCAGUAUCUCCUGCGUCGCCGUCGGCUCCCCCAUGCCCUAUGUCCAGUGGAAGAAGGGCCCCGCCAUCGACCUGACGGACAACCUGAUCACCAAGAACGUGUUGGUACUCGAGAACAUCCAAGAGUCUAACAACUACACCUGCCAGGCACAGUCUACCCUCGGCCUCGUCACCCAGGAUGUGUUCGUCAAGGUCCAAGCGCUGCCCCGUCCGCCCGACAACGUAAGGAUCAGUGACGUUAUGUCUACGUCAGUCCGAAUCACCUGGAGUUAUGACGUCAGCCCGGGCGAGGUAUCGUAUUACGUCAUACAGUACAAGCCGCGUAAUGCUGACCGCGACUAUGCCGAGAUCUCCGGCCUGGUGACCAAGUUCUACACCGUCAGCAGUCUGACGCCCUUCACUGAGUACGAGUUUCAUGUGCUGGCCGUGAACACCAUCGGUCGAGGUCCACCUUCAGAGCCUGUUAUUGUUACGACUGGAGAGACAGUCAGCGGAGGCAACUCAAAGCCUGGUAGUGCCCCGAGGAACGUGCACGUCCGUCCCCUCUCCUCCUCAACCAUGGUCAUACAGUGGGACGAACCUGAGACGCCCAACGGACAGAUAACAGCCUACAAGCUAUACUAUACCACCAACCCAUCACUGCCAAUCCAGUCAUGGAAAAGUCAACCUGUCCAAGACAAUAAGCUCACUACCAUCAGUGACCUCACACCCCAUACUAUCUACACUAUUCGUGUGCAAGCUUAUACUGGCAUUGGACCUGGACCUCUCUCUGACCCCGUCAAAGUCAAGACGCAACAAGGAGUGCCCAGUCAGCCAACUAAUCUCCAUCCAUCUCGAGUGACUGCCACGUCAAUUGAGUUGAGUUGGACACGGCCUUCUCAUCAGGGAGAGAACAUAAUCUCCUAUGAACUUUAUUGGAAUGACUCUACUACACAGAAACAAGAGCAACGUAACAUUCCUGAGGGUGAGAGUUACACCCUUGAAGAAUUACAGCCCAACACAGUGUACAACAUGUGGCUAGCAGCCAGGUCACAGCGAGGGGAGGGAGCCGCAACAGCACCUAUAUCUGUCCGCACAGACCAACACA